AUGAGUGCUUAUGAGCCUCACCCGGCGGAAUGGAACGGCCUUCAAGGUAACUUUGGGAUCAUCAACGAACUUCCUGGCAGAGAUGUUCGAUUGAGAUUCAAGUUCAAAGACAUGGCCAAUGCGCCGGUUUGGCUGCAAAGUUUCGACCUUUUGGUGUGCGACUUGGAUGGCGGCUCCAGUUCCACGGAAUACGUCAGAGCUUUUGGACGUCACCAAGCAUAUUGGGCGAAGAAUACCCAGUUGCAGUUGAGAUCAUUUGGCGACUCCGUGGAGUAUAGCUUGAACUAUCCCUACAGGAAGGAGCUAUCUUCUCUAACGGAUUUGGGGGCUGGCAACCCGACCUAUGCUGGUGAACUCACACCUGAGCAGCAAAGGACCUGCGUGAGCUUGCGCUUUGGAACCGUGGUGACAUAUGGACUUUGGGUGUUGGAGUCGUGGUCCUGUUGGCAUAGUGUGCCAUGCAAUGUGAUGGUAGGGAAGGGUCGAUAUGAAUGCAAUGCACACAACAAUUGA